ACGUCAUAAAAGCAAACAAGAUGAAGUGGAUGAUAUGUCUGGUGCUGUGUGCAGUAUGCAACAGCAACGGCCAAAAAUCCAAGGAUACCUCAAAAUCCGUGCUCACACCCGGGCAGCGUGAGCAGGUGGAUAAACUACGCAGUGAAUUGAAUGCCGCCUUCGAAGCGGGCGAAGGGGUACCGGCCGGCGUCAUUGUGCAGCCAGAGUGGACAAAGCAAGGGAGCACUAAUGACAAGCCGAUCAGCAAGGUUAUAGUGAACGAAUCCACAUUGAAGGAAACGAAGGCGCUGCGGACAGAGAUCACUGAAGCGGUCGUCAAGCAAGGGCACACAGAGGACGUACUCCAGCUGGAGGCAGCGAUCAAAGCCAAAUCAACUGCCCCAGGGAGCGAGCCGAUUGUGACCAGCGCCCGCAAUGAGAUGCUGGGCAGCAGUCAGGAGUCGGCUGCCAAUGUGGCCAAUGUGGUGGAUGCCACACCGUUGGACAUUGAUUUGGCAAAGCUACACCAACUGGAACUGUCCAAACGCCGUACGCGCGAAAUGCUAGUGCUCAGCCGCAUUGAGGAGGAUCUACAGUUUACGCUCGGAUCAGACGUGUCGCAUUGGCUGCAGCUGCAGCAAAAUGGCAGCCUCUUUCUCCUGGGUCGACGCAGCCAAGAUGUGUUACUAUUCCAGCAGCUAGCUCUCUCCGAGGGCUCGCAGUUCCGCGGCUAUGAGGCACUGCAGCCAUUGUCGGUGCCGGCGGGCAUUGAUGCGAUGCUCAGCUAUGAGCGUUGGAAUUUGCAGGCACAGUUGCAGGAGACCUUGGUGCUGCUGGCCACCCAGCAACAAUUGCUCUGGUAUCGUCUGGAGGCGGGAAUGGGUCUCGCCCAAUUUUGGCACUGGCCACUCGGCAGUAGCAUUGACAAGCUGCUGCCCUUCGUUGUGGAGAACCGUGAGUACUUGGCCCUGAUACAAAAUCGCACACUCAGCAUUUAUGCCUACGAUGUGGAUGGCAUGGAGUUCUGGAUUGUGCAGCGAAUGCAGCUGGAACAAACGAUAAGUGCACUUGCCGUACAGGAUACAGGCCGGGACUUGCUGCUCGCUGUGGGGCAGGCCAAUGAGGCUCUCAUCUAUGCCCACAAUAUGCGCGAGCUAUCUCCAGAUGCGGGCUUACAGCUGCAGCUGCGACAACGUGUGGAUGCACCGAAGAUCGCGGACAUCGCCGCCUUCCAAAUGGGCGGACACAGCUACGUGGCCUUGGGCGGCCUACGACCACAGAUACUGGCAUAUGUGCAGGGCCAGCUGGUGCCGCGGACAUUGCUUGGCCAGAACUUUGGCCUGGUCGAGCUAUUUCUGCCAGUGCCCGUGCGCACCUAUCGGGAUGAUCUGUUGCUGCUCGUGCAGCAUCGUGUGUUCUUCGACACGCACACGCUGAUCCAGCUGGAGGUGCUCGUCUGGAACGGCGAGGCCUUUGAGGCCAGCCUGCCGGCGCCCUGCCAAUUGGGCACGCAUACGCGCUAUGGCGCCGGCUGCAUGCUGGACGAGAUGCGGGAUGCGGGCCUGACGGGUUCGGUGCUGUUGCGUCACAUACAGCCGCCGUUGUUACUGGUGCCACGACAGGCGGCGCCUUCGGGUCUGUUCCGACUGCACACGGAGCUGCUGCCGCGUAAUUCGGAGCUGCACGACCUGCAGGAGAUUCACAAUUUCAUGAAGCAGUGGGUGGAUGAGCAGGACAAGCUAAUCCAGCUGGCCGAGCAACUGCUGCAAAUGGAGCAUCAUGCAGAGCCAGAGCUAAUCCACUACGAGGAGAUAAACACGCCGCUGCUUAUCAAUGAGGGCGCCACGUUGGAUGCGCUGCACGUGAAUGGAAUACCGUGGACAGUGCAAGACUCUGCCGUAGACCUGUAUGAGUUGCUGCAAGAGAUGCGCUUGUUGCACCACCAAAUCAUGGGCACAAAUGGCGGACGCAUGAAGCGUCAGCCACAACUCUUUCGCUACGACUAUGAGAAACUGGAAUUCGACAUUGUUGAAGCUCAGGAGCUGUAUAUCGAUAGGCUGAACCAUGUGCCAUUCUACGUACAGAAUGCCACACUCGAGUUCAACGGUUCGAUCAAUACGCAGCUCCUGGAUCUGAUGCGCCCACAGGCCAUUGAGCAAGCCGAAUCCUUACCCUCAAGCACUCAACAGCGCCUGCAACUGGACGCCGAUCUAAGUUUCCAAUUCAUCAAUGGCCUGGAGUGGGCAGAAUUUAUUCAGCAGUUGGUCUGGCGUCACGAACCGCUGCGGCUCUCGCAGCUGCGGGUGGCAGGCGCUGUUGUCUUUGAGGAUUCGCUGCAUUUGAGCGCACUCAAUGGCCUGAGCUUUCCGGACGACUAUCUCUGGUCGCAGGGCAGCACCACUACAAUCGUCCACUCGCCGAAGCAGUUUACUCAAACUUUGUCUGCGAAUAUGGUGGACACUGAUGGCUCUAUCAAUGGCCGCGAUCCCGCCGAUGCAAUUACUCUAAGCGAUGCACAGGAUUGGCCAGGUUUGGUUACCUUCACACAGCUGGAAGUCUCGGAGCAGCUUGAGCUCAAUGGCAGCGCCCAGGGACGCCAGUUUGAGGAGGCCCCUUUGAACUCCAUGUUGACCGAUUCGCAUCGCAUUUCCGCCGCCUGUCACUUUGUGGAACUGAUUGUCAAUGGACCCGUGCAUCUACGCGGCUUGCUGGACAACAGCAGCUUUGAUGCGCUGCUGGGUGACCUGGUGCAGCGUCCUGCUGAUCCCAAUGAUGAGCUGCUUAUAACAGGAUCUAAGCACGUACAGCAACUGGCGCUGCCAGUAGAUGCGCAUGUCUUGGACGGCACACUGAACGGCAUACCCAUUGAGCAGUUUGUGACCAAGCACACGGAACAAACGCUGCAUAAUCUGAGCACUCUGGACGGCUAUGUGUACUUCCAUCAGCUACAGCUCAGUGGCAGCUACGAUGGCGUUCACCUGGAGCAGCUGAUGGCGCAGGCGUUGCGAGUGGAUGCGCCACUUGUGGCGCCAACAACACGACUUCAGUUCACCAGCGAGCCGCCACAAUUGACAGAGCUGCACGUGACCCACGCAUUGAACCAUGUGCCGCUCUCCAGCGGCUAUCAAAGAUUACACGAGCCACUGUACCUCAGCCAGGCGCGCUUCGAGCGCCUCCAGGCAGAGCAGCUGGAUGUGGCGGACAGCGUAGUGGGUGCUGGUCGCCUAAACGGACACAAUCUGAGCGAGCUGCUGUCCAAGGAGCCGCGCGUGGACAUUGUCCAGGUGCAGGAGCUGAUUCUGCCCAUGGGCGUGCAGGCAACGCAGCUGCAGGGAAUCAAUGCUGAGCUACUGUUGGGCUUCCUGCGUCAGCUGGAUGAGCUGCCGCUGCUCAUUCUUCAUGGCCAGCUGCAGGUUGAGCACAUUGCGGUUAGUGGAGCUGUGCUCGUCGAUGACGCACUGAACGGCCGGAACAUGGCGCAGCUGCAGCGCGACGUUGUCUGGCUGGAUCGACCCAAUAAGCUGGGCACACGCUGGCGCUUCCAGCAGGCACCAAUAUUUGACAGCGAUGUCUUCCUCCAGGGUAGCUACAACGAACGCCUGCUGCCCGAGCUGCUCAACGAUAUAGUCUUUCGCUCCGAUCCGGAGCAGGAGCUGCUCAUUGUGGGCACCAAGAGCUUUGCGGGUCCGGUGAUUAUUCAGGACACGCUCCAGCUGCAGGCACUCAAUGGCGUGCCCUUCGACCGGCUGGCCAAUAAGCUGCUGCCAUUAGAGUUUGAUGGCCAGCUGCACCUGGACGGUAACCUUUAUGCCGAGCACCUACAGCUCCAGGGAGAUCUGAACGGGCAGCCCGUUGACAAGCUGGAAAAGCUGUUGCACUGGGAUACACAGCUGGGCGCCUUUGUACAUCGCGGACUCAUUCGCUUACCUGCGCAAGGACAGCUACAGGAGCUUACGGUUCUGGGUCGUUUCGGCAAUCGGAGCUUAGAGCCGUUGCAGGAAUUCUUUGCUGAUUUAGUAUAUAAGCGACAGCCGCAAUUGUCGAUCGAGGGCCACAAAGUAUUCACGGGUCGCGUACAUAUCCAAGGCGGCGCUCACAUUGUUGAGCUGAAUGGCCUAAAGCUGGAGCAGCUACUGCAGCAGAUUGUGUUCAUUGAUGGCAAGGAGGUCACGCUGCAGUCGCCGGUGCACUUCGAAGCUCCCGUAGAGAUGAACGAGCUGCAGCUGGGCCAAUUGGUGCUGCAGGGUGAACUCCUCAAUGGCUGCAAUAUCACCGAGUGGAUUCAUGAUACGCUGCGCGUGGAUCGCAACUGGCAACCGGACACUCCUGUCAAAUUUGCUCCGGGCGCAUUGGACAACAAUGCGCUGCAGGUUGCCCAACUAAAUGAAAUCAAGCUGGACAGGAUAGUUACGCUGCAUACGCAGCAAAAUCUCAGCUUGCCAUUGGUCGCCAAGGAGCUGCAUCUGGCUGACGGACACGUGAAGCUCGAGGGGCGUGUGAAUGGGCGCAAUUUGUCCAUGGAAUACGCCAAUACUCUGCUGAUCAGCGCACCGCAGCCACAGCGCGUGACCACACCGUUGGUCAUAGCGUCCAUAGAUGUGACCGGUUCAUUGUUAGCCAGCGCGCCCAUCAACGGAGAUCCCAAUUUCAAUUUGAGUAACGUGGCCACGCUGCACGAGGAGCAGCUGUGCCUUCAAACGCCGCUCAACUUUGCCCAGCUCCAUGCGCCGGAGCUGCGCACGGACUUGCAGAUCAAUGGCUUCAACUUCAGCGCCUGGCACGAGAGGAGCCUGUGGGCGCAGGGUCGAGCCACUCAGGUCAUUAGCGGCAACUGGAGCGUACGUUGGCUGCGCGUCAAGCAGCCCCAGGUCGCUGAGCAGACAGCCCAUGAAAUUUAUCGGCGCCAGAGCGAGUGGGCGGAGCGCUAUCAGCAGCUGUGCAGGCGUCUGUCUAGGCUGCUCGGUCUGCUCCGGUUGCCCUAUCACGUGACGCAGCUGCGUCGCAGCUUUGCGCUGCAGCAGGCCGCAGGUGAAGCGGAUAUACGACGUGUCUUUGCGCUGCAGUCGGCGCCACAGGGUGCCAGCUAUCUGCUGCUCAACGAGGUCGGCUGCUGGACGCGCAUCUAUCGCUGGAACGGCAAGCAGUAUAUAAAGUCUGGCAACUUCGAGAGUGGACCCAUCGAUGAUGUGACGGUGCUGCAGCUGCGCAACGCCAGCAGUGCCAAUGGCAAUGACCAGUUCAGUUUCAUGACCAGCUACGAGACGAGCGAGGAGCAGCUGGAGCGCAGCUGGAACUGCAGCAGCCUGGCAAACCUGCAAAGCUGGCGCACCAGCGCCGAGAUCGAGAUCGAGCCGAUGGGUGUGCCAGCUAGCAAGCUGCAGCAACUGCUGCAGAAGCAUGAGGCACAGCAGCGACGGCGUGGACCCAGCUAUCAGGACGCCAUUAAAUAUCUGAACCGGCCCACAACUGAGUCACAUUUGCGGCCACAUCUGGACGCGAUUCAUGCGCUCAGCCAGGAGCAGUACGAGACGCUGCGACAGCGCCUGCUGCAGCAUCUUAGCUUUCGCCUGCAAACCGAGGUGAAUAUCACACAGCUGAGCAUACCCGAGAGCGAUCUCUACGACGACGAGCAUCUCGUGGAGGACUUCUUAGGCUUGAUGCGACAACUGCGGCUCGCUUCCAGGUCUGGCAGCGAAGCAUUUGCUGCCCUGCCCACCGACUCGCUGCCGUUGCCAAAUACUCCGGGUCGCGUCUUAGCCGCUCGCACUGCGCAACUGAUUUGGUCCGCGGUGGAGGAGCUGAAUGCGCUACGUUCUCGACUGGCCAGCAACGAUAGCCAGCUGGUUCAGGAGCAGCAUUCGCUGGGCCUCCACCUGUCGAGCGCUAUACGAGAUGUGCUGCUGCUGGCCAACGUUGGCAGCCAUGAGCAGACGGACGACGGAGACGAGGAUACGAGGCGACUGCAUGCGGUGAUUGGACGCCUGCGUGAGCUGCAACACCAGAUACAGGAAGCCCAGCAGUUGGACCUGGACACAGCUGAGACGAGCAACAUGAUGGCUAUGCAGCCACAUCCGCAUCAGCAGUGGCGACCAGUGGAAACGAUACGCUUGCACGUGGGUCCGGCGCAGCACGCCCGGCUGCUGUAUGCCCGGCUCACCACAGCCGCCGCAGAUGCGCCACCUAUAGCCCCAUCCACAGCGCCGGGCGCCCACGUCCAGCUGCACUUCGCCAAUGGCACCAUAUUCCAGUCAUUGGCGGCCGAUUUGAUGGCGCGGCAGCUAACAGCUCUGCGGGUGCGCGACGAGACGCUGCUGGCCUUUGUCGAGGGCUGUUGCCUCGUCCGAGUCUUCAUUUAUCGCGGCAUUCAAGGCUUCGUGCCCUUCACGCAGUUCCACGCCGAAGCGGAUGAGCAGACGGAGCAGCCGGGCAUUCAGCAGCUGCUGGCGCUGCGUCUGCCUCUAAGCCGUUCACCGGGCGCGCUCUAUUUGCUGGCCGUGGCUCAGGCACGGCGGGUUACCUUCUAUGAGCUGGUCAUGCCCGGAUUCUUCGAGCCGUGGCUGCAUUGCAAUUAAAACACUUCUUGUUUUGGAUACGUCAUUUUUAUUGUUAUUGUUAUUUUUAUU